CGGCGGCAGCGCCGCAAACGGGACCAGAAGACGCGGCGCACGGGCGCCUCCGCUGCAGCCGAGUCUAAAACCAGCGGAAUUCGUGGCACGUGGCGCUCAAAGAACCAACUCUUGCCUGACAGGUGGUGCGUCUACACCAACGGCGUGCGAAUCUGCUUCGAUGGCAGUGUGGCGAUCGUGCGGUCAGUGAAGAGGUGUUUGUGAAAGUCAGCCAGUGCUGGUCGGGGCGACGGCUCGGCGCCGCAGCGAUGGCCUUCCUUUGCCCAGUGCGCAUCCGACGAAACAAGAAAAAGAAAUCCAACGAUGACACGGCGUCGGUGCGGUCGCCCGGCAUGGGCCGCAUCACGGGCUCCUCCAGCAUCGAGACACUGGUGCGUGUCGGCAUUGAGAAGGAGAACGGCCUCUCACCCGACAGCAAGAUGGUGGUGCUGCACGACUUCACGCCCUGCGUGGACGACGAGCUGGAGGUCAAGCGAGGCACAGUGGUGAACGUGCUGUACCAGGAGAACGACUGGGUGUACGUGAUCUCGGAGACGAGCCAGCAGGAGGGGUUCAUCCCGCACUCGUACUGCGCGCCCCAUGGCUCCCAGCUCGGCGACCUGACGUUCAGCGUGAAGAAGAAGCUUCCCCGCGAGCUAGCGGUGCCUGACGGCAGUGGAGCCGGCCCCGGCGGCGGGGAGGCGGAUCACAACACGACCAUCGGCAACGCCAGUACAGAUCGCAACGGCGUGGAAACGUCCGACAACGACAGCUUCACGGAGGCCGGCCCGCCGGACCCGCGCUCGGCGCCGGGCGGCCACGGCGCACCUGCGCCCGACGUCCACCCCUUCUUCAAGGACCCGGCCGGGCGCUACAUCGUGCUCUACACGUUCAUGCCGCGUGACGAGAACGACGUCUCAGUGGAGCGGGGAGAGUUUGUCACUGUGCUCAACAAGGAGGACCACGAGUGGUUCUGGAUCGAGCGCUCCGACGGCCAGGAGGGGUUCGUGCCGUCGGCGUUCGUGUACCCAGCCGACGUGCUGCCCGGAGAGGCGUUUUGGUCCCGCACCACAGCCGAGCCGCCCCGCAACAAGCGCAGCGCCACCGGAGAGCUGGGUUCGGGCGGCAGUCCCCCGGGUCACCAGCAGUUCCCGUCGUCGCCGGGCGGCCACGGCGGCCACCACCUGAGUCCGCCCGGCCAGGACGACCCCCGCUUCCACGGCACGGAGCUGGUCAUGCUCUACGACUACAAGGCGCAGGCGCCGGACGACCUCUCGGUGCGGCGCGGCGACUGGAUCUACGCCGACCUCAACAACCAGACGGUGGAUGGCUGGCUCUGGGCCUACUCGCCCAAGUCCAGGAAGCACGGCUUCAUCCCGAAGGCAUACGCCCGGCCGCCGGCCAUGACCUCGCUAUGACGUCAUUUGGCCACCAGCCGGGCGGCGCCGGGGCGGCGCUUCCGGAUCGUCGGUGGACGCGGCUGCGAGAGCGCGGAGGACACCGCCUGGUGACGGCGCCACUGAGCAGGCUCGCGCCCGCCGGCACCCUGGGCUGGGAGGCGCGCGCUCGGACGGCGCCACACCGCACCCGGCACGGCGCUGCACUCAAGCCCGUGCGCCGCUGUUCGUUGUUUUUUUUUCGGGGCUCAACUAGCCAACUGCUGUGUGCCAAUGUAGCCAGUUUCAAGUCAGUGACAUGGGGCCUGCGCCACGAGCUGUGGCCAGGAGCUGGCGCGGUGUGUCGCUGCUCCCGCCCAGCGGCACGGACCCUCUCCAGGCGGUGUCAACGACGAGACGCCGUGGCCAGAGGUGUAGCCUCAGGACGGAUGUGUGACGCGUGCGUGCACUGCGCGCGUCCCCGCCGCACUCAGACCAGGACAGCAGGUGCCAACAUGACAUGAUCGGACCAGAAACAAUGAACACAUCCACUGACCGAUGGCGGGGUUGAUAUUUUAGCGCCAUUGUUCGCCGACAGUGAGCGUUUGUGGCGGGGCAGCAGUGCUUAUUUAAUGUGUGCGUGAGGCGUAAAGGGGCUAACGAGAGCUGGCGCCGUGUGACCUGUGCUCUGCGCCGCACGUGUGCUGAGUGCUGCUCUCUGGUAGGGACGUUAGCAACUGAGAAAUGCUUGCUGCAGCCACAAUCUGGCGUCAUCACCGCGCGUGACCGACGUCAGGCUUACCGCAUUCCGCGGGAAUGAGUGUGGCAUAUAGCUUACUUUGGAGCUGGCGUGACCGUUUCACACAGCUGACGUGCGGCAUGCAAUGCUAAGUGUGACUGGUUUAUAGCGCUCACCGCGCUGUGUACGGCUGCCGUUCGGGGCGGUUUCCGUCCGCCCAGCGCCCAGUGUCUGCUCUCAUGGUGCUUUGAGUUGUGUCCUGCCUGAGUCACUGGCUUGAUGUGAGGCUGACGCUGUGCGUGAGCUGUGUGACGUCACUGCGCGUGACGCAUGUGACGUCACCGUACUGCUGUCCAGCGGACGCCGUGGGCCGCCGGCGCAGAUACUGGUCGGCAUGUCGUAGCCUCGGCCGUUCUCUGUCUGCCGGCCGGCGUAGCCGUGCCUCUCGCUAAUCAGAAUAUGUAAUAAACUCCCUGCGGAUGUGACAUAA